CUCAUCCACUUCUCUCACCUCCUGCUCCUUGGGAACCAGGUGCAGCGCCAGGCUCGAGACAUGUCCUGCCCUGAGAAGUGCCAGCAGUGCCGGCCCUGCAACCCUUGCUGCCAGCCCUGCGGCCCCUGCCCGCUGGCCAACAGCUGCAAUGAGUGCUGUGUCAGGCAGUGCCAGAGCUCCACCGUCGUCAUUGAGCCGCCUGCUGUGCUGGUGACCCUGCCCGGGCCCAUCCUCAGCUCCUUCCCACAGAACACCGUGGUGGGAUCCUCCACCUCCGCUGCCGUUGGCAGCAUCCUCAGCUCUGAAGGAGUGCCCAUCAGCUCCGGGGGCUUUGACAUCUCCUGCAUCACCAGCGGCUAUGGUGAAAGAUGUUGUCGUCCCUGCUAAAGCUGCUGCCACCACCAACAUCCUUAGGCAAGAACCUCCACGACCUCAGAACAUGCUGCUGGACUGAAGACAGAAUUUCUGGGACAGUUUAUUUAGACUUUUUGGCUAUUAGUUCCUUCUUCCUAUCUGUCCUCUCUCUUCCUUUUCAUUUCCUGUCAGCACCAUUCAACGCCAGCCCUAGUGGGACCUGUUGGCCCCCUCCUGCCCUCCUUCCCUCUGCAGGCCAGCCAGAUGGACACCCCCACUGCAUCUUAGUGUCUGCUCCUGCUGUUUUCUCUAAGAACUACCUCCUUUUCUUCUUCUGACUCAAUAAAGUUGGUUUUGCAUUCAAA